UCGGUUGUUUGGAAUUUCUUCUUUUUGCUUUUUCCCUCGUCCCCCUCACUGCACCAUGGACUUUGGAUUCAAGCUUAUCGUCCGCCGUGUAGGAUGUAUUCAGGAAGUAGCAAUGUUGAUUCUGGCCCUCCGAUCCGACUAGUCGGAGUGGGACGCCAACCAGGGGUUAAACAGGUCUCAUCCUGGGAUUGACAUCCCUGGAAUCAUGAACCAAAAUCCAGCAUCUUACUCCCAGUAUAAAACAGAGGAUGGCAGAGCGUCUUCAACCACCCGGCCCAGCUCCGCGGGCUCCGUGCAGACCUACACUCCCACCCUGACCCCCACUCCCACCCCCACCCCAACUCGCACCACUACCAGCAACAGCCCCAGUAACAAUGCUGCCACCAAAACAGACUCUUUGCUCUUCAACAAGAUUGACGAGAGACAGAGGUUAGCCCGUGAGCGCCGGGAGGAGCGUGAGAAACAGAAUGCUGUGAAGGAAGCCCAGUGGCAGGCACGUGAGGAGCGAGCCAGGCAGCACUAUGAGAAGCAACUGGAGGACAAAAAGAAGCGGCUGGAGGAGCAGAGGAUAAAGGAGGACAAGAGACGGGCUGCCGUGGAGGAGAAACGACGGCAGAAACUGGAGGAAGAUAAGGCUCGUCAUGAGGCAGUGAUGCGUCGGACAUUGGAGAGGAGCCAGAGAACCAGACAGAAGCCCAACCGGUGGUCUUGGGGAGGGGCUCUGCACACAAACACUCCCAGCACACCAGCCGGUUUUGUCGAGUCGGCUUUCCUCUAUCCACUCGACCUUGCUGGACUGGAGCACAUGCAGAGUGCUUUCAGUCUCUACCACAGAUACGGAAUGACCUCCCAAUAUGCUGACAGGCGGUCAGUUUCCACGAUGAAUUUAUCCAAACACACAGACCCCGUUAUUACCAAGCGCCUCUCCUCCUCCUCUGCCACACUCCUACACUCACCAGACAGAGGCUUACAGAUGAGAACAACCUCCACCCCUGUCAUUAGCAAAGCUCAAUCCAAACCCGGCCUACACCAGGGAAAGACCACCCAGCACAGAAACACAGGCCUGCGCCGUCUUCCAUUGACGCCAUGGGAGAGCAAUGUGGUGAACCGCCUGCAGCAGCCAACACACUCCUACUUGGCUCGUAGCCGCAGCGCCAUGAGUCUGUCUGGAGAGCAAACAGCCAUGCCUGUGUGUCCUCGCUCAGUGUCCUGCCACCCCAUGGGCUCCAUGUCCUUUAAGGCCCUGCAGGCCCAGCCACUUCCUCACUGCCGCAGCCAUGACAGGAGCCUCAGCAGGGAGACGGCCUCGUCUUCCUCCAAGACUAUCCGCAGGAGGACCACUGGCACCACACAGCAGAAGGACCGUGACAAUGUCAGGAAGUCAUGGAGCAACCUGUCGCUCCCAUUGGCUCCCAUUCUGACUUUGCCCCCCAACAAGCGCUCCUCUUCUCCGUGCAAGAAGAACAGCAAAGUGGCAGCACCCUCUCCUGGCAGGCCUCCACAAAAGUCAGGACGGCCCCCGACCCCCAAGCUGCUUAAGUCUCCAGGGGCAGAGGACCCUGGAAACCUUCGUCCUUUCAGGAUCACACCCGAGAGCCCCCAACCCACCAGAGCCCAAGAAGAGGAGGAGGAAGAGCAGGUCCUCAGUCCUCCUCAGCCUCGACCUCAGCCACUGGGUCAGAACAAGCCCAGUAGUGAGCUGACACCACCAGCAGCAGCAGCAGCAGGAGCAGCCAGUGAGAGUGUAAGCAGUCCUCCGGCCCACAAGCCCUCAGCAGGCACCACAGAUCCAGAGGAGGCGAGCCGUAUCCUGGCUGAGAAUCGUCGGCUGGCCCGCGAGCAGAGGGAGAGAGAGGAAGAGGAGCGCAGACAACAGGAGGAGCGGGCGAAGUUAGCGAAGGAGGAAAUGGCUCGCCGCAAGGCAGAGGAGCGAGCAAAGAGAGAGGAGGAGGCCCAGCGUCUGGCUGAGGAGAGGAGACUGAGGGAGGAGGAGGAGAGAAAGGAGGAGGAAGACAGACUUCAGAAAGAGAGAGAGGAGGCAGAGAGACUCCAGAAACAGAAAGAGGAGGAAGAGUCUCGACAGAGAGAGGAGGCCGAGCGACUGAGGCAGGAGAGAGAGAAACACUUCCAGAAAGAGGAGGCCGAACGUCUGGAGAGAAAAAAGCGUCUGGAGGAGAUCAUGAAAAGAACAAGACGUUCAGACACAGCAGAGAAGAAAGUUGUUCCUAACAGGAAUGGAGACAACGCAGCUGCUCCGAGUCCGUCUGCAGUGACUGCGUCUCCGACGCACAAUAGCAACGGCAACAGUCGCGAACCUGACCCAAACCCCAACACCACCGCACUGAGCCAUCCUGACCAGAGGGAGAACGGGGAGUUUGAAGAGGAGAUCAUACUGCCUUCACAUUCCAGGUUGUCUCCUCCUGAGGGAGAGGAGCAGCAGCAGCACGAGGGGGAGGAGAGAGUUCCUGUCCUAGCCUUCAGGGAGAACGGUCUCCUAAAGCCUCUCAGCGGAAUAGAGGACAUAUCAGCCCAGCAGGGACCGGAUGUUGCCUGAUGCCCCAUUAGACUGAGAUUCCACACCCAGAGAGAGUGAGACGGUCAGAGAGAGGUAACACAGAGCUGCUCAACGGAAGGACUCGUAGCAUCAAAGCCAAGACCCUUCCAGAGGUUUACUUUGUCACCCUCCCAUGACAGAAGAGCAUGGCAGCCAUUUCCCAAAGAUCUCCCAAAUGCAUCUCCAGAGAGGAGCUACUUGUCCCUCAAGCUCUCUGGGAGCAGAUCCAGCUCUCUGUCUCAGUCAUUAUGUUCUGGUACAGUCCCAACUUCCCCUCAUUCUGAAGCAUAUAUCACACACACACACACAUAUAUGUGUGUGUGUGUGUGUGUGUGUGUGUAUGAAUGAAUGAGAGACUAAUAAUGAUGUAAGCUGAGAUCAGCUGUAAAGUCUUCAGCCAUGAUACUUGAAGAGUUUUUUUCUGUCAAUGUAGAACACACUGCAAUCAGACAGACUGACAAAAUCAGUGGCGUUAUAACUGGAACUCACACAACAGGCUCCGAGUUACAAGACUUCAUUAACACGCUUGCUCUCUUUAACUGGAACCUCAUGAUUCUCAUUUUUUCAACAUUUCUACUGAAAUGUUACAGAAGAGAUUGGAUGUAGGCAUGACAUCAGUGCAUGAAGUUGUAUUAAGACUACAGGAAAGUGUCAUGUCAUGUAUUAUAUUUUUGCUGUGUCGACAGUGUUUGAGACUAGAGGUUAUUACUGGGGUGAGGCAGGGGCGUUGGAGCAUCAUGGAGUUUAAGUUAAAUAAUGAGAAAAUGAAAAUACUGUUCUCUCAGACGUCUGAGAAUUAGGGUGUAAACUACUGAUUUUUUGUUUAGUUUUAUUUAAUUGCUGUACAGAUAAAAAUGUGAUUCUUUGUUUUGUCCCUUCUGUCUUCACUCUGUGUUCAAAUUGAGAUAAGAAAAUAUCUGCUUUGAUGGUAAGUCCAGCUCUUUCCUUUAAUUUGUUUACCCCGUCACACUGUCUUAAAGUGAGCAGUGUUGGAGGACUCCGCUGUAGCUUAGCCGCCUUGUGUUGGAGGUUAACCUUUGUUUUGGCCAAAGUACCAAAUGGAUUAAAACAGUUUUCUGUUUGUGAUGUUAAUUCUGAAAUAAUCUGAUUCAUUUGAUCUUUUUGAUGAAGGAUUUAAGAAUUGCUGCUAACUUUCAUGUUCCUUUGCCUUACCGCAUCAUAGGAAAAAAGAGGUGACCUGUCUGUACUCGCUGAAAUGAAGACAUGCAUUCCCAGUAUGAGUUUGGCAUUCUGGCCACAUGCCCCAAGGCUCCAGGGGCUUCCUUUUCUUGAUUUAUGUUAAAAAUAUAAAAGAUGAUGAAAUGCUGUCGGUUGGUCCGUUACAUCAGAGAUUUAAGCAAAACACUUGCAUCUUUUUUUAACUCCCAACAAUGCUACUCUCUUAGCAUUCGGUUCUGAAACCUUCACACUGUUUCCUCUUUGUUCAAAUCUUGCUGUGGCACCAAAAUGAAAGGAAACUUCAGAAAGAUUACUCAUGUCUUGGUUAUGUAGUACUGGGCCCUGCCAGUAGUACAUGGCAUGCUGUUAUCCACAGGGUGACUGGACUUGGCUUGCAAAUAACUUGCUUUAACAGAAGCAAAAUCAACUGUAAAUGACAUUAUAAAUAAAUAUCCUAUAAAUGAUGUUUAAAAGUAGGUAUAUUUUACUAAGACUGACCAUGAGGCUUUGAAAACUAACAGGCCCUUUACUUGAGAAGAGGGGCUGUGGGAAGACAUCUUUGAACCACUGUAAAACUGAUAUCACUGAAACAGCUGUCGCAACCGUACUGUUUGGCAAGUAAAUAAAACUUUUUG